AAGGUGAUGAUUUUAUAGGCGCACAAGGAACGGUGCGUGAUAAGCAAGGCUUCCACCAUAGUCGUGCACGAUUCCCUCACCUUUUCCUUGGGCGUCACAUGCCCUUUGUGGAAUGUUUGCCCAACGACAGAGCAGAGACUCAUAAGAAUCAUAACUAGCUUUCGUGAUUAGUUUAAACCAGACGGGAGGCCACCUGCGAGUUAUCCCGCUGGAGGCCGGUGCAAAUGGAGGACCGCAACUGGGCAUCGGCCAGCUUGCCUCCAAACAACCGCGUUGCAUCACCACGUAUUACCAACGGCAAUGGGUUUCAACCGGUCGUCACGGAGGCAUGGGGCGAGGCGGCGUCGUCUCAUUUCCUUCCCGACAUCCGUGAGAAUCCUUCCCGGCAAGGUCAGCGCGCAGCAAACCUAUAUCCGCUUCCUCCAGAGGUCCCUUCUGCUGAAGCAAUCCGUGGAGAGGCUCGCAUCCGGGGCCUGAAGAAUGAACUGGUUACAACAAAGAACCGCCUGGAGCAAGAGUUGCAGAACAAGGACGCGGAGAACCAGAAGCUCCGAGAGUAUAUUGAGCAGCAGCGCGAGCUAAUUGGAUCACAGAAGGUGACCAUUCGUGAGCUGGAGCGCAACGUAGCGGAGCUCACCCGCACAGCGGCCACGCAGCGCGCCAACUACGAGAGGUACUCGGUCAAGGCGGAGGCCAAGGUCCGCUCCUUGCAGGGCCGCUUGCGCGAGAUUGAGCAGGAGCAUGCGGCGGCGAUGGGCGGCAUGGCGGCGCAGCUCGAGCGUGCACGCAAAGAGCGCACAGCGUUGUCGCUUGGACUGGCGGCGGUGGCCAUGCAGGCGAGUGGUGGCGAGAACGCCCUUCCUGAGGACCUACAUAUGGAUGCGGAGAGGGCGGCAGCCGAGGGUUUCGAGAUGCUGCCGCGCACCGCCGCCGCCUGGCUGUCCAUGCGCUACGAGCUUGAUGAGGACGGCAACCUCGCCAGCUUCAGCCGCGCUCCGGGUAGCCCCACCCGGCCCUUCGACCGUGACGGAGCGCGCGCUGUUGCGGCGCUGGUGGCGCAAGCGCGGCGCCUGUACGAGCAGCGCGCCACGUACCGCGCCAAGCUGCGCACAACCGGCCAGCAGAUUGAGCACAUGCAGGCCGUGCUCGACAACGUGGAAGCCGACUUCAACCUCGUCAACUCCAUGAUUGACCAGAUGAACGCCGAGGCGAUUCGUCUGACUAUCGAGACCGGUCUGCCGCCGCUGCUGCCGCCGGAUGCUCCGCCGCCGGACGCCGCUGCACGGCUCAGCGAGCGCGUGGAAGGCGUGCGGGCGCUGCUGCAACGGGUGAUUGAGGAGCUGCUUGUGAAUGAGGCGGAGAAGAGGGCUCUGGCCGACCAGCUGCUCAGUAGCGACUGCCAGGAGAUGCCAACCGUGGACCGACAGGCCAUCAUUGAGGCGUACAUGGACAAGCUCAGGCAGCUGUACGGCACGUCACGCCGCGUCGGUGGCAACCUUGUCAACGGCGCAAACGUCAACCGCUCGCCACAGCACGCUCGCCGCGCACCCGUCGCGCCGUCGCCUCAACCGCCCAAGGAGCGCAUGCCGAUGCCCAUGGCGCCGCCCAUGGACCGCCGAUCAGGAUAUCCGCAGUCGCCAAAGGCCAAGGCCGCAACUCGCACGCACCACCAGCCGCACCCGCCCUCGUCGGAUUCCAGAAACGAGGAGGAGCGCCGCGCUGCCGAUAAGGCUGCCCGUGCCAACGCGCUGUCGGAACAAUUCUCUGAUGUGCUGCAUGGAAAGGCUGGCCCUCGGCCCCACCGCGCCAAGCCACCUUCAGAGGCUGGGUCGCGUCCGGCGACUGACAAGGAUUCGAGCAGGAGCGCACGCGAGCGGCCGUCUUCAAAGGAAGCUUCUCUGGAUCAGAUGCCUCAGGCCCAAGCUGCUGCUGCUCCUGAGCCCGACUUCACCCUCAGGCCGACCCCAGCACCGGAGCAGGAGCCGAAGCUCAUGUCCAAGUUUGUACCGGAACCAGAACCAGAGCGGGAGCCCGAACCGGAGCCGCAGCCCGAACCGGAGCCUGAGCGGGAGGCCGAGCCCGAGCCUGAGCGGGAGCCUGAGCCGGAGCGAGAGCAGGAGCCUGAUCAUGAUGCGCACCAGCAUCAUGCCGCAAAGGAGGCUGCGUACGACGAGCCUGCGGCUGAGGCGGAGGCCGCCGCAGAGACCGACGCGCACGCCGAGCAAGCAACUGCCGAUGAAGAAGCCGCUGAUGGACAGGACGCCGAGGAACACGAGGGUGGUCAGGACGCCGAGCCGGAACAGGAGGGUGACGCGGCCGGUGGAGAUGAGGAGGAAGCGGCCAACGCUUUGGCUUCAAGUGCAGGCGAGGAGGAGGGCAAGGAGGACGGCGAUGCCGGCGACGCUGGUGACGCCGACGAGGCUGACGAGAAGGCAUCUAAGGAUGAGGGGGCGCCGGCUGCCGAGGCUGAUCCAACGUACGAGGACGACGCUGCAUACGAGGAGGACGCCGGCUUCGAGGAGGAUGCUCAGGAAGAGGACAAGGCGCCGGCAGCUGAGGCUUCUGGUGGUGCCGAGCCUCCGGCUGCUGACGAUGAGUCCGCGGCGAAGGCGUCUGCUGCGGCUUCAGAUGACGAGGGCGCACGGGAGGAUGAGGCAGCGGAGAAGGAGGAUGCGCCGCAGUCUGACGAUGAGGGUGCACGCGAGGACGAGCCGGCAGCGAAGGCGUCUGCACCUGCGUCGGAUGACGAGGGCGCUCGCGAGGAGGAGCCGGCGGCCAAGGAGGAUGCGGAGCCGGCAGCAGACGAGGAACCGGCAUACGGUGAUGAGCCUCUGGGUGAUGAGGAGGAGCCGCAUGCUCCUAAGUCUGCCCCUGCUGCCGAGGGGGAGCCGGCCUACGAGGAGGAAGGAGAAUCGGCGGCAGAGGAGUCAGCUGCUCCGACGGUAGAUGAGAAAACCGUACACGAAGAGGAACCGGCAAGCGUGGGCCAGCCAGCAGCUGCAGCGGAGGCGGACGACGAGCCUUUCUAUGAGGAAGGCGCUGCUCCCGAGGUGGAGGGGUUGUUCCCAGCAGAUGAUGAGGACGCCCCCGCUGCCGAGAGGGAGACUGCGUCGACGGUUCCGGAGCCAGCGCCUGCUGCUGAAGAGGAGGCGGCUCAGCCAGCAGACGAUGAGCCUGCUUACGACGACGCACCAGCGGAGGCGGCACCGGCAGCAAAGGAAGAUGCGGCCGCUGAUGAGGAUGAGCCAGCGGCAGAAGAGGCUGUGUCGGCGAAGGAUGACGAGCCAGCGGACGGCGAGGAGGCGCCGGCAGCGGAGGCGUCUGCCCCGGCUGCUGAGGAAGAGCCAGUGGAAGAGGCUGCUGCUGAGGAGGAACCCGCGUCUGCAGACGAGCCAGCGGAAGCGCCGGCUGCCGAGGAGGCUUCACCCGCGGCAGAUGAGGAGCCGGCAGCCGAGGAGGCGCCGGAGGCAGCUGAAGAGGCGCCAGAGGCAGCUGAGGAGGCACCAUUGGCGGAAGAGAAGGCCGAUUCGCCGGCAGAUGAGGAGCCGGUCGAUGACAAAGCUCCCGAGGCAACACCCGAGGCGGCACCGGCGGCUGAUGAGGAUCGUACGUAUGAUGAGCCUGCAGCCGAUGACGCCGAUAAGUCAUCAGCGGCUCCCGAGGAAGCAGCGCCGGAGGAGGGGGCUGAGCCUGACUCCGAGCCUAAGCCGACGGAACAGGAGGAGGCCGUGGCGGUCGAGGCAGAUGCUGAGGAGCAGCUGCGGUCCGAGCUGGAGGCUGCGGAGACGGCGGAGAUGGAGGAGCAGAUGGCGAAGGAAAUGGAGGCGGAUGCCAAGGAGUACGGGGCUGCAGCUGAGGCCGAUGAGGCGGAUGCUGCGAAGCCCGAAGUUCCUGAGCCGGAGCCAGAAGCCGAGCGCAGUGCAGGUGCAGAGCCCGAGGCGCCAGCUGAGCCGGAGCCAGCAGCGGAGACCGAGCCGACAGCUGAGCCAGCAGCUGCAGAGGCAGAGGCUGAGCCGGAGGCCGAGACCAAACCAACGGCUGAGCCCGAGGCAGAAGAGCCGUCCGCUGCACCCGAGCCCGAAGCAGCGGAGCCACCUGCUGAAGCUGAACCGGCUGCUGAGCCCGAAGCAGGGGAGCCGGAGGCUGAGCCCGAAACUGCUCCUGAGCUACAAGCACCGGAGGCAAAGGCGGAGGCUGAGCCCGAGGCAGAAGAGCCGUCCGCUGCACCCGAGCCCGCAGCGGAGCCCGAAGCAGCGGAGCCACCUGCUGAUGCUGAACCAGCUGCUGAGCCCGAAGCAGGGGAGCCGGAGGCUACACCUGAAACUGCGCCCGAGCUCGAGGCACCCGAGGCGGCGACUGAGCCCGAGCCGGAAGCUGAGUCGACACCGGCGGCUGAGCCUGAAGCAGAGGAGCCGUCCGCUGCACCCGAGCCCGCAGCUGAGCCCAAGCCAGCUGAUGAGACCAAACCAGCUGCCGAGCAUGAAGCAGCGGAGCCGGAGCCGGCGGCAGAGCCUGAGGCUGCGGCAGCACCUGAGCCGGAGCCAGAGGCAGCUGAGUCUUCGCAUGCAGCAGCCGAGCCGGAGCCAGAGGCUGCGGCAGAGACGGCUCCUGAAGCCGAGUCCGAGCCUGCGGCCCCAACUGAGGCUGAGGCCGAGCCUCACGCCGAGGCCAACGCGGAGACUGCGGCAGCACAAGACGCCGAGCCUGAGGCCGAGCCGGCGGCUCAGCCUAAGACGGCGCCAGAUGCUGAGGCAGACGCAGGGUCGCAGGAGCCUGAGCCAGCGGCCGAGCAGGAACCCGAACAAGAGGCUGAGGCGCAUGCGGGUUCUGCGGCUGAGCUGGAGCGGGAAGCCUCGCAGGCGCCUGUGGAUGCUGAGGUGGAGGCGGCACCAGCAGCGGAGCCCGAGGAUGGUACCGCAUCGGACCAUGCUGCAGGGGCCGGUGCGGAUACCGAGCCGGAUGCCCAUGCCGCGCCUGAGGUGGAGAAACAGCAGGAGCCGGAAGCAGCGGAGCCUGCGCCAAAGGAGGAGCCCGAGGUGGAUGCCGCUGCUGUUGUGGACCCCAGCGCUGCGCAGGAGGAGGCAGCUGCACACCACAGCAAGAAGGACGCCGAGGAGCCAGAGGAGAAGGCGCAUGCGCUGGAUGAGCAGGAGGGUGCUCCAGCGGAGGACACGCCUGCCACUGAGGAGAAGGCGCCCGAAGCUGAUGAGCCGGAACCGAAAGCUGAGUCGCAGCCGGAGGCGGAGCCAGAGCCAGAGUCCCAGCCAGAGCCGAAAGCCGUGCCGCAGCAGGAGCCCGAGGAGGAGGAGGAGCCAAAGUCGCCGGUUCGCGUCCACUUGCGUCCGGACAGCGCCCAGCAGAACAGCGUACACAUGCGCAUCAGCAUGGAUCCUGAGCAGCCGGUAGAGGGCGCUUCCGUGGGCGCUGAGUCUGCGGAGGCCGAGACCGCGAAGCCGCUGGACCAGGCUGCAGAGGCCUCAGCGGCAGCUGACGCUGAGACGCAUGCUGCGGCUGAGCCAGAGCCGGAGCCAGAGCCGAAGGCUCCGGCUAAGGAAGAAGCCCCGACUAAGGAGGAGGCCCCGGCGGCUGAGGAGGAGGAGGAGGAGCCAAAGUCGCCGGUUCGCGUCCACUUGCGUCCAGACAGCGCCCAGCAAGACAGUGUGCAUAUGCGCAUCAGCAUGGACCCCGAGCAGCCGUUGGAGGGCUCUGCCGCGGGUGCUGAGACUGCGGAGGCCACGAAGCCGCUGGACCCGGUUGCUGAGGCCUCUGCGGCAGCUGAGACGCAUGUUGCGGCUGAGCCGAAGCCGGAGCCCAAGGCCCAGGCUAAAGAGGGGGCCACGGCGGCCGAGGAGGAGAGGUCGCCGGUGCGUGUGCACGUGCGGCCGGACAGCGCCCAGGAGGAUAGCGUGCGCAUGCGCAUCAGCACGGAUGCGGUUGGCAUCGUAACGGCCGCUCCUGCUGCUGCUCCUGCGGCCGCUGUGGACGAUGACGCGGAAGCGGCGUUGCGGGAGGAGCUGCAAGCAAUGGAAGCUGCGGAGAUGAAGGCGCAGAUGGCCGCGGAGAUGGCGAAGGACGCGGCUGGAGACGACUGAGCGGCCAAGAGUGGAGGUGUACAUGUAGGAUGGUGGAGGUUCUUAGCGAUGUAAGACGCAGGUGCAUCGUGUGAGUGUACGGUAGGCGGUCGCGCGCAGGAUUCUUCCGCAGGGGCUGUUCUUUCAGGGCACCCGAAGGAACAAUCCGAUUGGCAUGUUGCAUGCAGCCGAGGCAUUACUGUGUGAGGAGGAGCAUGUGGCAUCAGCCGCGACACGUCGGGUGAUGUGAACGCGGCAUGGUUCGCGAGCUCAAAAGUGAUUUUGCAGGGUGUGGAUUUUUACGCUGGAUGGCGGUGUGUGUUUAGAUUCAAGGUUCGGGUACGACCAACGCGCAUUCAGUACGCGGAUAUGCUAGAGCCCUGCGCCGGCUAAGGUGUGACGUGCCUUGCUUUGUUUGGGGCCUCCUUUUGAUAGAUUUGCAGGGGAGCUCUUGUGUUUACGAGGCUGACUUGCCGCUGUGCUACUUGCUGGAAUAAGAGACCCGGCGGAUGGUCCUCAGACAAUGUACGGCUGCUCUAAGCCAUGUUCUAUAUGCAGGGUUAUGGGGGGCUGAACUUAAUCGCGGGAUUGCACAGUCUGCCUAGCAGGCGUUGCCGCGGAGAUGGAUUCUACUGCGCGUGUGUGGUGCGUGAAGCGUGAUGCAUCUUGACUAGUAGCGUGCCGUGACGACGUAGACGUUAUCUACUUGACUAAGCUACAAAAGCGGGUACUUGAUUGUGUGACUGUGUGACUUGCGGCAAGCUUAUCUUGAAUACUUGUGCCUUAGCAAGCCCGUUUACCUUUUGCGGACUCCUAGGAGUGCUGGGAGUACGAUAGUCGUGCGGUCCUGCCUGAGAGUCGCAGUCCUGCCGAAAUGCCGGGUGCACAUGUUGGAAUUCGUAUGAAACCAUGGCGGCUUGCGCUCUGCAGGAGGCUAGAGUACGACAUGCAUGCAUGUGAUGCACCGACAUCGUUCGACCAUCCGUUCGCCCUCUCGACAUGCUGUGAGUUUAACCCUCGUGACGUCCUAUGUAUAUUUGGAUUGCGUGGCCGUUUCGUACAACGGACACCAAUAUGUGUACGUUACCUGACCCGCGUUAGCAAGGUUUGCACCUAGAUUGUGGUGGACGGGUAGUAUAUUGUAAAUGCCGUCCCUG